AUGGAGCUAGACUACAUGACGAGCGGCGGCCUCCACGCCUACCCCGGACCGCGGGGCGCGCCGGCCGCCAAGCCCAAUGUGAUCUUGCAGAUCGGCAAGUGCCGGGCGGAGAUGCUGGAGCACGUCCGCCGCACCCACCGGCACCUGCUGACCGAGGUGUCCAAGCAAGUGGAGCGCGAACUCAAAGGGCUGCACAGGUCGGUGGGCAAGUUGGAGACCAACUUGGACGGCUACGUGCCCACGGGCGACUCGCAGCGCUGGAAGAAGUCUAUAAAGGCCUGCCUGUGCCGCUGCCAGGAGACCAUCGCCAACCUGGAGCGCUGGGUCAAGCGCGAGAUGCACGUGUGGCGUGAGGUCUUCUACCGCCUGGAGCGCUGGGCUGACCGCCUGGAGGCCAUGGGCGCCAAGUACCCAGUGGGCAGCGAGCCGGCCCGCCGUACCGUCUCGGUGGGCGUCGGGGGUCCGGAGAGCUACUGCCAGGACGCGGACAACUACGACUACACCGUCAGCCCUUACGCCAUCACCCCGCCGCCCGCCUGCGAGUUGCCAGGGCAGGAGUCCACAGAAGGCCAGCAGUAUCCUCCGUGGGGGCCGGGCGAGGACGGGCAGCCCAGCCCCGGCGUGGACACGCAGAUCUUCGAGGAUCCCCGGGAGUUCCUGAGCCAUCUGGAGGACUACCUGCGGCAGGUGGGCGGCACCGAGGAGUACUGGCUCUCCCAGAUCCAGAACCACAUGAACGGGCCGGCCAAGAAGUGGUGGGAGUUCAAGCAGGGGUCUGUGAAGAACUGGGUCGAGUUCAAGAAGGAGUUUCUGCAGUACAGUGAGGGCACACUGUCCCGAGAGGCCAUGCAGAGAGAGCUGGACCUGCCGCAAAAGCAGGGUGAGCCCUUGGACCAGUUCCUGUGGCGGAAACGGGACCUCUACCAGACCCUGUACGUGGACGCCGAGGAGGAGGAGGUCAUCCAGUAUGUGGUGGGCACCCUACAGCCCAAACUCAAGCGCUUCCUUCGCCACCCACUGCCCAAGACCCUGGAGCAGCUUAUCCAGAGGGGCUUGGAGGUGCAGGACGGGCUGGAGCAGGCGGCCGAGCCCACCGGGCAACCCCUGGCCACUGAGGACCAGGCCGAGUCGCUGACGCCUGCCCUCAACAGCGAGUCCGCCGCCAGUGAUCGGACCCAGCCCGAGUAG